AUGGUGAGCCCCUCGUGCCCUCUCUCAACUCCUGCAGCCCCUCGUCCCGCCCGCCCGCACGCCUCCGCACCACGAGUAAUCGCCCAGGUCGUAAUCCUCGGCUCGCAAAUCCUCGGCAAGGCCUUUGUCCAGGCGUACCGCCAAGCAGCGCGCAACGCCCGCGCCGGCGCAGAAGGCGCAGCAGCAGGCGGUGCCGUCGGCGGCCGCGGCGGCAACGUCGACGCCAUCUCGCGCAACCACGGCAUGACGCUCGACGAGGCGGCCGACAUCCUCAACGUCAAGCGCGGCGGGAUCCAGGCAAAGGAGGAGACCGAGCUGCAGCGCAUGCUCAAGAACUUUGACCACCUGUUCGCGGCCAACAACCCCCUGACGGCCGAGGGCAAGCCUCACUCGUCGCACUACCUCCAGAGCAAGAUUGUGCGCGCAAAGGAGCGGAUAGAGGCCGAGAUGAGCAACGCCAUGAAGGGCGGCGAGGCGGGCGCGGCUGCAGAGGGCGGCGCGGCGGCCGAGGGUCAGGCGGCGGCGACGGCGGGCAAGGAUGUGCCGCCCAAGGCAUGAGACGGCUUCGGGCGGGCUAGAGACGUCGACGACGGGCGGCAGGGGGCGCGCUAGACUGGCUGUACUUGUAGCGACACUAUACCCCUCUCUCUCUCUUCGCUCUCUCCUCCUCCCCUCUCUCUCGUGCACCCAUAGCAGCAACAGCAUCUCUCACUCUC